CCAUUUGACAUAAGCAAACUAUGCGCCGGAACUAUAACUCGAGACAGUUACGUAGCUGCAACUUUCAAGUUCAACCACCGAGGUAUUCAUCGUCAUAUCCAAAACCCCAAAUCAAAGACCCACACAUUGCCAAAUGCACCAAGGCUAUUUCUACCCACAUGCGCAAUGGCCACUGCGACUUGGCUCUCCGUGUCUUCGACGCCAUGCCUCGUCGAAACUCUGUAUCCUACAAUGUCAUGAUAUCUGGCUACUUGAGGAACUGCAAGUUCAAUCGUGCAAGGGACCUGUUUGAAAAAAUGCCUGAAAGGGACUUGUUUUCUUGGAAUGUGAUGCUUACUGGAUAUGUCAAGAACCGCAGACUUGGUGAGGCCCGCAAGUUGUUUGAUUUAAUGCCCGAAAAGGAUGUUGUUUCGUGGAAUGCAAUGUUGUCUGGCUAUGUCCGGAAUGGGUACAUUAACGAGGCAAAGGAGUUCUUUGAUGAGAUGCCUGAUAAGAACUCCAUCUCCUGGAAUGGUUUGCUUGCAACAUAUGUUCAAAAUGGGAGACUUGAGGAGGCUCGUCUGCUAUUUAAUUCAAAAUCAGACUGGGAAUUGAUUUCUUGGAAUUGUUUGAUAGGUGGGUAUGUGAAGAGGAAGGUGUUAGGUGAUGCUAGGCAGCUUUUUGACCAAAUGCCUGUUAGGGAUGUAAUCUCCUGGAAUACCAUGAUUUCAGGUUAUGCCCAUGAUGGUGAUGUGUCUCAAGCUAGGAGAUUGUUUGAGGAGUCUCCGUCGCGGGAUGUUUUCACAUGGACAGCAAUGAUCCAUGCAUAUGUGCUGAAUGGGAUGUUGGGUGAAGCAAGAAGAAUUUUCGAUGAAAUGCCAGAGAAAACAGAGAUAUCAUACAAUGCAAUGAUUGCCGGUUAUGUGCAAUACAAGAAAAUGGACUUGGCAAGGGAUUUGUUUGAGGCAAUGCCUUGUCAGAAUACAGGCUCGUGGAAUAUCAUGAUAAGCGGCUAUGGUCAGAAUGGUGAUACAGCUCAAGCAAGGAAAUUGUUUAAUAUGAUGCCUCAGCGUGAUUGUGUAUCUUGGGCAGCUAUUAUUGCUAAUUAUGCUCAGACUGGUCAUUAUGAAGAGGCAUUCAACAUGCUUGUGGAGAUGAAACGAAAUGGAGAAAGUUUUAAUAGGCCUACCUUUUGUUGUGCUUUGAGUACAUGUGCUGAUAUUUCUGCUCUGGAGUUAGGGAAACAAGUUCAUGGGCAGGUGUUAAAGACAGGGUAUGGGAAUGGGUGUUUAGUGAGGAAUGCACUUCUUGGAAUGUAUUGUAAAUGUGGCAGCAUAGAUGAAGCUUAUGAUGUGUUUGAAGGAAUACAACCGAAAGAUAUAAUCUCUUGGAACACUAUGUUAGCUGGUUAUGCUAGGCAUGGAUUUGGCAGACAAGCUUUAAUGGUAUUUGAGUUAAUGAAGACAGCAGGUGUUAAACCUGAUGAGAUUACCAUGGUUGGUGUUCUCUCGGCUUGCAGUCAUACUGGAUUGAUAGAGAGGGGAACUGAAUAUUUUUAUUCUAUGAAUAAGGAUUAUGGUAUAACACCAAAUUCAAGACAUUAUGCUUGCAUGAUCGAUCUUCUUGGUAGAGCUGGCCGCAUACAAGAAGCACAAAACUUAAUGAGAAACAUGCCUUUUGAGCCAGAUGCUGCAACAUGGGGAGCCCUACUAGGUGCAAGUUGUAUUCAUGGCAAUAUUGAAGUUGGUGAGAAGGCUGCUCAGAUGGUUUUUAAGUUGGAACCUCAUAACUCGGGAAUGUAUGUCCUUCUUUCAAAUCUAUAUGCAGUUUCAGGCAGAUGGGUUGAUGUUGGUAAGAUGAGAUUAAAAAUGAGGAAUAUUGGUAUUCAGAAACUACCUGGGUAUAGUUGGGUUGAGGUACAAAACAAGAUUCAUAUAUUCACUGUUGGGGAUUGUUUCCACCCAGAAAAAGAUAGAAUAUAUGCCUUCAUAGAAGAGCUAGAUCUAAAAAUGAAGCUUAAGGGGUAUGUUUCUUCAACAAAGUUGGUUUUGCAUGACGUAGAAGUGGAGGAGAAGGCGCAAAUGCUCAAGUAUCACAGUGAGAAAUUGGCGGUAGCAUUUGGAAUUCUAACUCUACCGGCUGGCAGACCAAUACGUGUCAUGAAAAACUUGCGUGUUUGUCACGAUUGUCAUAAUGCCAUCAAGCACAUAUCCAAGAUUGUUGGAAGGUUGAUAAUCUUGAGAGAUUGUCACCGCUUUCACCACUUUAGUGAGGGUAUUUGUUCUUGUGGGGAUUAUUGGUAACACUUCAGAAAAUUAACGUAAAUAUAAGUUGUACCCUCCC